UAAGUGAUUUACGAUUUACUUAACUGAUUGUGAUGAUGAUAUUUCAACAUUGCUCUGACAGUGUGGUCGGUGACGCUUUUUUUGACGUGUUUUACACUGUUUAUUUACUAAUUUAUAAAAGUUUGUGGAGUUUAAAUUUUAAUUAUUCAUCUGUUACAGUGAUAGAUAAUAAUGGAGUGCCCAUGAAGAUGCCUCCGCGAUUGUCUGCGCGCCGGCUGUGCCUAGCAAUCUUCUUCUUCGGAGGUGUGACAGUUUUGGUGACUUUACAUCAUCGUAUGACAUGGUCUUCUACAAAAUCUAGAAUUCCUUCAGAAGACGACGACGAAACUUUAAUUCCUACAACAUUACCACCAGUACCUUUAGCCGAAGAACAUGUCACGGAGCAACUCUCGAAAAGCGCCGAAAAAGCGUGGUUUUUCAACGGAGGAACCGAGUUCCCCACCGCCAGUAAAGGACUUCCAAGGCUAUUCCCUGAUCAAACCGAUGGGGAUAGAGUUAUCGAUCAGCUUAUGUAUGUGCCAGAAGAUUAUAAAGGAUUUGACAGUCCGGAAAAAGUAAUACUCGCUUAUAAUGGUCUGGGCGCAUGGGGCCAGAAAUCUGGGUCUGGGAGUUUCCAUGGAUGUCCUGUGAACCGAUGUAGCUUAAGCGACGAUCGAAGCAAAGCCGCCGAUGCUGACGCCAUUUUAUACAAAGAUCACUUUAUUCAUCCCUCAGUGCCCAGACCUGCAAAUCAAGUAUGGAUAAUGUAUUUUUUGGAAUGCCCGUAUCACACACAAAGUAUUAAAUUUCCUGAUGUUAUCAACUGGACAGCAACCUACCGAAGAGAUAGUGAUUUAGUCGCUCCAUAUGAAAGAUGGACAUAUUUUGAUACGCAGGUUCGUCAGAAAAUGCAAAAUCGUGAUUACAGCGCUAACAAAACCAAAAAAGUUGCUUGGUUCGUAUCGAACUGUGGUGCGCGCAAUGGUAGAUUAGCCUAUGCACGCGAGCUUUCCAAAUAUAUCUCAGUGGAUAUAUAUGGUAGUUGUGGACCUUUAAAGUGUCCUCGUUCGGAUAAAAAAUGUUUCGAAUUACUAGAUCGAGACUACAAGUUUUAUUUAGCAUUUGAAAAUUCCAACUGCCGUGAUUAUAUCACCGAAAAAUUUUACGUUAACGGUUUAGGGCAAAACGUAUUACCCAUCGUAAUGGGCGCUCGUCCAGAAGAUUAUCAAAGAAGUGCUCCAGAAGGUUCUUAUAUUCACGUAGAUGAAUUUGCUGGCCCUGCGGAGUUAGCUGCAUAUUUACAUAGACUGGAUAAAGAUAAUACACUAUACAAUUCCUACUUUAAAUGGAAAGGGACUGGACAGUUCAUCAAUACAUAUUUCUGGUGUAGACUUUGUGCAAUGUUGCAUGCACCUCGAGUACAUAGACAUUAUGAAGAUGUAAAUGACUGGUGGAGAGGACCAGGAGUCUGCUCUGCUAAAUCUUGGAGAAACGCUGAUUUUGCGUAGACGCACAUAAUUAGUAUUUAUUACUACUUGCCGAGUCAGUUCAUUGUUGUUUUGUUGUACAAAUGUAAGUUAUUAGUGAUUUAUUAAGUUUUUAUUACA